UGCCAGGCGCAGUGAUCACGGACGUCAAAGUGCUGGCUUGCUCCGUCAAUAUGGCUACCAGUGUGGAUGCCAAGCUGCUUAAGCAAACAAAGUUUCCCCCAGAAUUCAGCCAAAAAGUUGAUAUGCGGAAGGUUAACAUUGAGGUUAUGAAAAAAUGGAUUGCAGGAAAGAUCUCAGAGAUUUUGGGCAGCGAGGAUGAUGUAGUGAUAGAGCUUUGCUUCAAUUUACUGGAGGGUUCGCGUUUCCCGGAUAUCAAAGUUCUGCAGAUACAACUCACUGGUUUCUUGGAUAAGGAUACGCCAAAGUUUUGCAAAGACUUGUGGAAUCUCUGUCUCAGCGCACAAUCGAACCCUCAGGGUGUUCCGAAGGAACUUCUUGAAGCGAAGAAACUAGAGCUGAUCCAAGAAAAGAUACAAGCAGAAAAUGCGGCCGAAGAGGCCCGCCGCAGGAAAGAGCAAGAGCGAGCUCGAGACAGAGAGAUUGACACCGUUCGUCAAAGGGAACGCGGAGACCGCGGCCGUGCUCGCACUCGGGGUGGUGCACGGGGAGGGCGUGACUUUGACCGUCGUCCGCGGCGAGAUUCUCGAUCUCCGCCAGCUCGCCGACGCGGCUCGCCAGAGACAAGUAAUUAUCGGGGACCUCAACCUAGGCGCGGAGGAGAUACAUAUGUUCCUGGCGGUCGGAAUCCUCGCACCCGGAGGGAGGACAACUGGCGUCCUCGCUCGCCCCAGCCGAGGUCACGGUCACGCUCCAUAACACCUCCCCGAAGAAGGAGAGACUCAGAUCAUGAAGACGGGCGGCAAAAGAGACGCCGAUACUCGGACCGCCGUCGCUCCACAUCCCGUCCAAGAGAUGCAAGAAGUAGCAGAACGCUAGAUCGCGGUGAUGAUCGGGCCAGGUCCAUUACUCCAGAAUCCUCACGCUCACGUUCACCUAGAAGAUAUCGAAGGAGAUCUCCUUCAACUGCAUCUCGCAGCCGUUCUCCUCCGCCACGAUCGAGACAUGUUCGCCGAAGAUAUUCUAACGUUUCCCGGUCCCGGUCUCGCUCCCGAUCCAUAAGCCCACGCAGGGGCCGCUAUGAAAAGGCAGACAGGGCCCGACUUUCCCCACCUUCUCGUACCAGUGAAUCCCCUGAUAACACACGCGCUGAUGCUCGCAAGGCCCGGAGACAUGAUCGUGGACGCUUCCGUAGUGUCAGUCGGAGCCGAAGCCGAAGCCGAGAUCAAAACCCAGAUCGUCGAAAGGAGCGUAGGCACCGCUCAAUUGAGAGAUAUGAACCUGUGGGAAAACGGAGGCACAGCUCGUCUUCUGUUUCUUCGUCUGAUGAAAAACGGCGCAGAAGGGCUGACUCUACCUCCCACCGACCAAACAGGCAUGAACAAUCCCCACGACUAUUCUCACCUGAGACUCGGCGUCAGGAUAGACCUGCAUCUCGCCGCGAAGAGGCAGCACAAGAGAAUGGAGCACAAGCACACAAGCCUUCAGUAAACAACGUUCUGAAGGAAAAGCUCCUAAGAGAAAAGGUGUGGGCACUUCGACAUUCCGGUAACACCACGACACCCAGCGCUGCACCAUAAUCUUACGCAAGUCAAAUUAUGAAAUGACUCGUUAAAGGUCCAUAGGGACCAAUCUAUUGCAUUCAAGGACAAAAGGACGCAUUCCAUUGCAUCGUAGUAUCUACACAUUUCGGAUAUGCUUGUAGCUUCAAAAUGGAUACACAAAUUUUAGGAUUUAGGUAGAAAUAUUAGCACGAAUACAACCAG